AUGCAAGGGAAUUGGCCUGCAGCAAGCAAUAAACCAGCAGGUAAUGAGAAAGUCUUAAAGAAAAGUGAAGGCAUCUCGAUUAACAAUUUUACAUUGCUAAAAAUGAUUGGCGAAGGAGCUUACGCCAAAGUGUAUUUAGUCAGGAAACUUGAUAAUCAAAAAGUGUAUGCUUUAAAAAUCUUAAAGAAAAAAAAAAUAUAAGAAUUAGGUUAAUAGCACCGUGUCAUUUUAGAGAAAGAUAUUCUUGCCAAUAUAGAAUCCCAUCCAUUUAUAAUUAAAUUACAUUAUUCCUUCUAGAAUGAUACCAAGCUCUUCUUCGCACUCGACUUCUGUCCUGGCGGCGAGCUCUUCAGCAUUCUUAGCAGAAAGCACAAAUUCGAUGAGGAGCAAUGUAGGUUUUAUGCUGCACAAAUAGUUCUAGCAAUUGAACAUUUACAUAAACACAAUAUCAUAUAUCGCGACCUUAAGCCUGAAAAUGUUAUUCUUGAUAAAGAAGGAUAUAUUAGAAUUUCUGAUUUCGGUCUAUCCAAGGACAAUAUAGAAGAUUAAACAGCUUUCUCAGUUUGCGGAACUCCUGAGUAUUUGGCACCCGAAAUUUUAAAUAACUCAGGCCAUGGAAAGCCUGUCGAUUGGUGGGCAUUAGGCAAUCUGAUUUAUGAAAUGCUUACAGGAUUACCUCCUUUUUAUGUGGAGAAUAACCGUGAAGAGUUGUUUAAGAAAAUUAAAUAUACAGAAAUCACUAUCCCAAGCUAUUUUAGUAAAGCUUGCAAAGAUCUCCUCACUCGCCUCUUCUUAAAAAAUCCUUAUCAAAGACUAGGCUCUAAUGGAGCAGAGGAAAUAAAAGACCAUCCAUGGUUUACUGAUGUAGAUUGGGAUAAAAUGCUAUAAAAAAAAUAUAAUGCACCAUUCGUCCCAAAACUUAAAAACGAAAUUGAUGUGAGCAAUUUUGAUGAUUAUUUUGUACACCAGCCUUUGAACGAGUCUUACUAGGACAAUUAAAUUUACCAUGAAUUUUCAAAUUUCUCGUUUGUGAAUAGCUUAAAAGAAUAAAAUUAAAAUAAAAUGGAUCUUGAGUGA